AAUCGCCUCAUUGGUUCUCUUUCAGGAUGGAUUUCACUCCUUGCGUGACGCGCAAAGUAGGUUAGGGCCCGCCGCCCCGCACCUCCGCGUCGUCGGAACCGUAAAAAAGGUGGGUGCGAAAGGUCACGCGUUUUAGCAGACGACGUGCUCUUUCGCGCCAAUUCGUUGACACUUCGUAGAGUCGCAAACUCGGAAAAUCAGAUUUCAGCACUCUCUUGAGAUAUCGAGUGUUAUUCAGGGUUUCGUUGUUUUAAAGCAGUAGGUACACUUCUACUUGCAGGGUUAUCGUUCCACGCUUACGAGAUACUCGAUAAUUGAAUACUAUCUUUUAACCACCUGAGAAGCCGAAUACAAGUUUGAACUUGGAGUAAAAUAUCAUUUGUCAUCGCAUCGAGGAAAGAUGUCAUUAGGAUUGUAAAGAGCAUGGACGUAAAGAAGGAGCUUUGCCAGAUGAUGCAACUCUCCUCGUGUGCUGUCAUGUCACGUGGCUUCGAUGGCUAUAUGAUUAUAGGCCUUGAACUUCAGUACUCAUGAAAUAUUUAUCUUAUGAGUAUAAAUCGAUAUGUUAUCUCAUUUGAGCUUUGACCCUUACAUUCCGUCGAGUCAGCUGUAGUCAGCUGUUAACGUACUAUCGUAUUAUCUAUAUUAAUUACAAAAAGAAUAUUUCCCAUCUCUUUUUUUUACUUAUCUAUUCUAACAAGGUUUGAUUAUUAUUCAUGUGAAUAUAUCUUUAACCAAUGAGAAGAACAUUACGCAACCGAGGUAUUUACGUUAUUCAAUGUUACUCAAACAUUAACGAAUCUUAUGAAGUCAAGAAUGUCAAAAUGAUCAUAAUACUUUAAUAGUUCUGAUUACAAUGUUUAUUAGGAAUUAAAUAAAUAAGCUAAAAAGUAACAUGUAUAGUAAACUAAAAAAAGUCGUCUUCUGAAUUAAAGCUGGUAUUGAUAACUUUCUCAAUAAAGGCCCAUAUAUACAUUUAAAUUUUCAUUUUGCAUCUUGAUUAAAAUAUUCAGUUGUCCAUACCAAUUCUUUUCAUUGUACUAUUUCAAAUGGAAAAUACCCAACGUUUAUUCACCAAUGAGCUCAUAUCUGAUUCAUAAAAAAUUCCUAUGUGAUUCAUACCACAUAGCUCUGGGGUUGACCCGAUACCUCUACUAUCGCGCGUUCCAUAUUUCAUCAAAUUUUGAAACAUGAGCGUAAUGUGCUGCCUGAUACAACGGUUCUACUUUCUUUUAUUUUCCCAGUAGUAACUUUCAUAUCACUGGUUAGGCAAAAUUGGAACGUACUCGAAUUCGUCAAGGAACGAUGAUACGAGAAAGUGAGGAAAGUGAGGUUAUGCGCAUCAGCAGAUGUGACGCUCUCCGCGCAUGGUCGCUGUCCACGUUGUAAUUCCACUUAUUUCGACCGGAGCUCUACUCAAGGCUUGAGUAUUCGUAGGAGCGACCGAAGGUUCUCGAGUGAUUAUUCGGCUGUUCCGCUCGAUCCCUUUAUCCGACGCCACGCUGGGAAUAGAUCCUCGUGUAACAUGAGUCGAUUCCCGAUAUAGGCCUUUCUCCGGCCGAGACUAUUUUCAACACACCACGCAUUGCAGUCCACCAAAACGUCCACGCACACACAAACGUCCUUUCCCGUGCUCCUGGUACGAAGGAUUUGUUUGCUUUAACAAGAGGGAACGUGCAAACGUUCCAAGUUUCGAAGAGAGAACCAACAUCGAGGAGUGACUCGAGCGUUUUAGUUGGAGGUUAUGUCGAGUUGUGUAGAAAGACCUUCAAAGAAAAUUUAAUGCGCUCCUUCCAAGGACGAACUUAUAUAACGUAAUUUAUAUCAUUAUUUAAGAAUAUAAUUAGUAGUCGUGGUUUUCAUUGGUUAGAUGUAUUAGCUCGUACGGUUUGUUGUUCCCGGUAAUAAGUGCAAUUUUGGCAGAUUAUCGUCGAGACCUCUUGGGCAAAGAGAUUUGCAUUUUAUGGUAGAUAACUCCUAGGGAAAGCGUUGUAAUGGAUUCUAUUAGAUUUUAUUCGUAUUUAAACAAUUAUAAUUCUAGGCUUGGAAUUUCUUAUAUUGUCGUUUAAGAGUACUUGAUUUGUUAUUGGGCAGCCUUAUGUAAUGAGUGUGGGAUAAUAAUUAGUCGAUUAAUACCCAAGUUUCUGGCAUGUAGCUCAAAUGUUGGUUUAAGUGGGAGGCUUUCGUGUCUUCGGGUUGCCUAGCAUUAGAGAGGCGAGAGGUUAUUUUUGUCCUCCCAGGAGAGUGUGUCAAAGGGCAAGGCUAGUCGGGAAAGCUUACUCCGGGAGCAUUGCCAGUUGGCUUCGAGCUGCACUACGACGCAUGCCGGUCAAUGGAAUAUCAGUUACCGCGCGCGUUUGAUGAACCUUCUGCAGUAUUAAACGUCGAGCAUCAUUAGGAGCAGGAACUCAGAGGCGAAGUGAUAAGAAGACGCCGAGAUCGAUCGAAUUGACAACGGUUACAACUAUUCUGUGAAAAUGAGUGGACCGGUGGAGAAGUGUGUGGCCAUUUUAAAGAUGGCUAGCAGCGAUUCAGAGAAAUUUGCUGCACUGUUCAUGAUCACGAAACUAGUGAGUGGCAAAGAAUGUACCCCUGAAACUAAGAAGAUGCUUUUCGAGGCCAUAGGUGCUAAGUUUCUGAGAAAAUUAUUGUGCAGCGAUAACGUACCUAUGGAUUGUCCUCCACAAGUAUACAAAUCAGUGGCUUUGUCUGUUUUAUCUGCAUUUUGUGGGGAACCCGAAUUAGCGGUGCAUCCAGACAUGAUUGGUCAUGUUCCAGCCCUUUUAGAAAUUGUAUAUCAUGCUGAUGACGAUGCAUCGGAUGAUAUGUUGAUUAUCGUCAGCGAAGCGUAUGCUUGUCUGCAAAAUAUAGCUCAGUAUCCACCAGGACAGAAGGUAUUGCUCGAAGAGAAAGCAAUUCCAAAAAUGUGUGAGAUUUAUUCGGAAAAGAGUUUCCAAACAGAUGAAGCUUUAAACAUUUUGGUAACACUGGUUAGUAAACUGGGACCAGAAGCAUGGGACCCAACUGAUGCCAAACCUUUCCAUGCGAUCAUGAAUAAAAUCGGUUUUGAUUUUGAGACCGAUGAUACCGAGAGGAAAUUUGAGCUAUGUAAUAUUCUGCAGGCUUUACUCUUCUCCUGUAGAAGAGAUACGAUCGCUUUAUCUGCCAAAGAUGAAUUAUGGCCAAAUAGUAUUCACAAAACCUUAAGUAAUAUUUUGGGAUCAAAGAUCGUAAAGAAUCAACGGGAUCCUGCAUUGAAGCUUGCUGCUUUAAUGUUGGACAUACUUGGAGUCGAGUGGGCUCUUUCCAAUGAAGAAAAUCCAAAAACUUUUUUCAUAUUGCUAAUCCAACUGGCUUCCAUUGAAGUUAGGAUGCAGCUGGAAGGAAAGUUGUUUAAGGCAGUAACAGCUAAUUCGGAUUUAAUUACAUCGUGCUUCACAAUAUUAGAAAUUUCAUUGACAUUCAUCACUUCUGACCAGUUGGAUCUGGAACAAAAAGAGAAGCAAUUUUUAUAUACUGCUCUCAAAGGAGCUUUUGCUGCCGUCAUUGAGCUACUCAACAAUUUGUCGAAAAUGAAGCCUUUAACAGAUAUCAAAGAUCGCAUUUUCGUUUGUGCCGUUGUGAGAGUUUUGGCGGCAUGGUUAGCACAGGAAACCUCUGCAAUGCGAACUCAAGUAUAUGCGGUGUUACCUUACGUACUAUCUGUUGCUAAUAACACCUUUUAUGCAUAUCGUAAUAGAAGACUUGCUGAAAAGGCAAAAGCAGAAGCAAAAGCUGACGGGGGAUCAUCUUCCGAUACGCCCAUUGCUGAUGAUCCUUUGAGCCACAUCGAUAUCCUGAGAUUGUUACUGCCUGCAUUGUGCUACUUAGCUGUCGAGGAGCAAGCGAGAAAAAUUAUGCUAAAACACGGCCAAGAUGCAGUACUUUUUGAGUGCCUCUCGUAUCACUGGACCAUCGUUCACUAUAAGAAACCACCGGUACCUAGAGCCGAACGCCUUAAGGCUCUUAAGGAACCGGAGAAACAAUUGGACCCACAGGUGUUGGAUGACAUGAAAGACUCGAGAGCUGCUAUGGUGUCUAUCUGUAACGUGCUAAUGAAUAUUACAGUAUUGGAGGCGAAGCUUGUCGAAGAGUCACCUACUUUUGUGUCGUUGUUAAAGUUCAUUUUCAACAACCUUCCGGAGUUGAAGCAAAUUCCGGAGAAUCUGGUUCUUCACGGACACAUGGCCGUUUUGGGUCUUCUCCUGUUUAAGCAGCAAGCUAAACGAGUCAAGAAAAACGAUUUCUCUAUCUGUCGUUACAUUCAAGCAACUAUACGGUUCCUCUGGGAUGCAUACAUAGUUGAUGAAAGCAACGAUCCCACGGAGCUGGUUGUAGCGAUGGCUUACAAGGAGCACUGGAACGAGAUCAUGGAACUUUGGUUUCUGGGCAUGCAAACCAUGGCUGGAAUUUUGCAAAUGGUACCAUGGCUAUCGGAGUUCACCAUCGAGUCAGGCUGGGCGGAAGGCAUCAUCGACACCUUGAAGAAAGUUAAAAUCGGUGGUCUGCAACCCAAUGUGAAAUCAGCCUUCGAGGAUCUACUUUGUCAUUUGGUUAAGGCUGACCAGAGUGUUGCCACUGUCCUGAAGAAAGCCGGAGCUCUGACUGUAUGCAGAAAUCACCGAAUGAUGGAACUGGGCAAACACCUUUUCGGAGACUAAAGGAUAACUUCAAAUUUGAGACUCUUCGUGUUUUGUAUAAAAAAAAAGCCCGCCCUUAUUUUAUGCCUAUUAAAAGAAGAGGAACCGUGCAACGAUUUGAUCUCGAGACGGAUGGAAAAAACAUAGUCGUAUUUUGAAAACUAAUUACAAUUAGUCCUCGUUAUUUAUUACUAAAAUAAUCCAAGAUAUUUUUCUUAAAAGAGGAGAUUAUAUAUCUUUAUGUUGACGGCGCAAUAAAAGAAUUUGUUAGAGUUUCAAGAGUACCACUCGUGGGCCCUGAGUAACGCGUCGCCACGAUUUAUAAUUAGCUGACAUCUCAAAAUAGUCUUCUAUCUGGCUACGACGCAGCUAGGAUAUUAUUUUCUGGUGUAAACUACACGGGCGCGUUUCCUCGAUCUUAUUUAGAGACAUGGGAUUGUCAUGUCCUCCCACAUGUGUUUUAUUUUCUGAUCGGUAUUCCUAAUGAUAUCGCAAACAAAAGAGAUUGUCAUGCCCUCCCACAUGUAUUUUAUUUUCUGAUCGGUAUUCCGAACGAUAUCGCAAACAAAAGGUGUAUUUCCUGGUGCAGGAAACUCACGCUUUUACUGUUGUGUGUCUAUUAGUCUUUUUGUAAAAUCUUUGUAUUGACGUAUCCUAGAUUCAUGACUAUUAUAUAGUUGUUACAAUGCUGUGAAAUUACUUUUAUACAGCUAAUAACAAUAUCAUAAGGGUUAAUUUCGAGUCAACAUAUGCACGUGGAAAGGAGGGAUUGUUAUCGAUGGCAUUGCGGUAUUUUAACAAAACUUACAACGUAGGCACAUAUUUGUUGACAGCUAAGAAUUUGUAACAUGGAUGAGAGAUUUUUUCAAAUUAAAUGGAAAGUAAUUUUGUACUAGUACUUA